ACUUUACUUUUCUAUCCUAAGCCGGUGAUCAUGGUCAAAAUGUUUUGCCGCCGGAAAAACCUCGUCGCCGCCGCCUUUCUCCUUUAUCUGUUUGUCUCCGUUCAUUCUUUUGACGAUUUCACCCGAAAGAAGAAGCCCAAGAUCGAUGGACCCAUCAAAACCCUAGUCAUCAUAGUCAUGGAGAAUCGUUCUUUCGACCACAUUCUCGGUUGGUUGAAGAAGACCCGGCCGGACAUUGACGGCCUGACCGGAAAAGAAUCCAAUCGUCUCAACGCCUCCGACCCGAAUUCCCCCGAGAUUUUUGUCUCUGACUCCGCCGUCUUUAUUGAUUCCGAUCCCGGUCAUUCCAUUCAGGCAAUUAGAGAACAAAUAUUUGGGUCCGAUGAUACUUCGGCCGACCCGGCUCCGAUGAACGGUUUCGUUCAGCAGGCUCUGUCUAUGGAAGAUGAAGGAAUGACAGAGACGGUAAUGAGUGGGUUCAAACCUGAACUCGUACCGAUUUACACCGAAUUAGCGAACGAGUUCGCCGUUUUCGACCGAUGGUUCGCUUCUGUUCCUGCCUCCACUCAACCUAACCGGUUUUACGUCCACUCCGCUACUUCACAUGGAGCCGCCAGCAAUAUUAAGAAGGAUCUCAUUCAUGGAUUCCCUCAGAAAACCAUCUUUGAUUCCUUGGAAGAAAACGGGUUAUCAUUUGGAAUUUAUUAUCAAAAUAUCCCUGCAACUCUAUUCUUUAAGAGCUUAAGGAAGUUGAAACAUAUAGUUAAAUUUCAUAACUACAAAUUGAAGUUCAAGAGACAUGCUAGAAAGGGUCUGCUUCCAAAUUACGCUGUGAUCGAACAGAGGUAUUUUGAUAUCUCGAUAGAUCCUGCAAACGAUGAUCACCCGUCGCAUGAUGUUGCUUUAGGGCAGAAGUUUGUGAAAGAGGUUUAUGAGAUAUUGAGGGCUAGUCCGCAAUGGAAAGAGAUGGCUAUUUUAAUUACUUAUGAUGAACAUGGUGGGUUUUAUGAUCAUGUCCCCACACCUGUUUCUAAUGUCCCUAAUCCUGAUGGGAUCAUCGGACCUGAACCUCAUUAUUUCCGGUUCGAUCGGCUCGGUGUUCGCGUGCCUACUUUCUUGAUUUCUCCUUGGGUUGAUAAGGCAACUGUGAUUCAUAAACCAAAUGGUCCAACCCGACAUUCACAGUUUGAACACUCCUCAAUUCCUGGGACAGUGAAAAAGCUUUUCAAUCUGAAAUCCAACUUUCUGACUAGACGAGAUGCAUGGGCUGGAACAUUCGAGAAUGUAUUUCGCGAUAGUCCUCGAGAUGAUUGUCCAAAGAAGUUGCAGGAGGUUAAGAUUGCGCUUAGGCCAUUUGGUCCUAGGGAAGACAUGAAACUGACAGAAUUCCAAGAGGAGUUGAUUCAACUUGCAAUGCAGUUAUCGGGUGAAUUUAUCCUUAAAACAUACCCUGAAGCCGGGAAGAAGAUGACAGUUGGCCAAGCUAACCAAUACGCAGAGCGUGCAGUUGAGAGGUUUUUGGAAGCAGGAAGAGCAGCUCUUCGGGCAGGAGCUAACGAAUCUUCAAUCCUCACUAUGAGGCCCUCACUCACCACUAGAACAUCGGACCGAGGGGAAAACCCUUCUCUUGUAUUUGCCUCCUAAAGAUGAGUAUAGAAAGCUGAUUCUUCUCUCCACUGGGAAUUGAAUUGGUGUUAUGUAUGUACUUGGUAGUAGUGAUAAAGAUUUCAGUAGUA